UGGAUGGUGUCGAUGAUACGGGAUCGUUUUGUGGAAAACGCGGAAGUAUUCUAACUUUGUCCCAUCAGCGUUUCCGUAGAACAAAGCUGCUACUCUGCUUUGAAACAAUUAUCAAGCUCCUGUCAAACCCUCACCUCAAUUUAACAACUACAAGAAGUGAAUGUGAUGGUUUUGGCUCAAAGAUGACAAGCUGCCUGAACUUAUGACCGACCGAGAAUCCUAAAUUUACCAGGUCAAAGUCGAGGUUCCACACAGGGUGACCCAUGCUUUCUGAUGAGCUAGAGUCCAAACCAGAGCUGCUGGUGCAGUUUGUGCAGAACGCCUCCAUCCCGUUGGUGCAGGGUUUGGAGGAUUCAGAGUCCAAACACUCCUGCCUGCCUCUGCUGGCUCCGGCUGAGAGCUCGCUGUGCAGCCACCUUGAGCUCACAGAUGCAGGGCUGAGCCAUGAACCCGGCAAUUCUCCUUCAUUGCCAGAGUUUGGAGGGGUAUCAGAGCAAAGCCCUUUAGUGGCCCAGACCCAUCCUCACCCGCAGGCCUCACCGAGCUCCCCACCCAUCCUCCAUGACCUACAGCAGUCAGACAGCACUUCCUAUGUGCUGCUAAACCUUACAAAAGGCAUCACUGCUUCUUCAGAGUCCCUGAUCUUCACCGCAGAUGGCGCUGGUGAGGAUGAUGAUGAGGGGGUCUCAUCAGGGGACUACGGGAUAGAUGGCAGUGCUCCCUGGUAUCUGCGAGUGCAGGAACUGGCACACGACAGUCUGAUUGCGGCCACGCGGGCACAGAUUGCGAGAGAUGCCAAGGCCAGCCAGGAUGCCAGAGUCGCAAGUGUCAGUAAUGGCGACCACACACACGGUUUGACAGCAGACGCAGACAAGCGAGAGCUGCCAUCUCGGACCGGCCGCCCCCUCGCCAAGCAGGUCCUGCGCUGCUCGUUCGAGGGAUGCUGCAGGACUUUCACUUGGCCAGCUCAUCUCAAAUACCAUCUGAAAACCCACCGGAAUGACCGCAUGUUCAGGUGCGGCGCGGAGGGCUGCGGGAAGAGCUUCUACGUGCUGCAGAGGCUGCAGGUUCACAUGAGGACGCACAACGGCGAGAAGCCCUUCAUCUGCAAGGAGAAGAACUGUGGCAAGAAGUUCACCACGGCUGGAAACUUGAAGAACCACAGACGCAUACACACAGGAGAGAAGCCCUUCCUGUGUGAAGCAGAUGGUUGCGGGCGAUCAUUCGCAGAGUAUUCCAGUCUACGAAAGCAUAUGUUGGUGCAUUCUGGUGAGAAGCCCCAUCACUGUGGGAUUUGUGGGAAGACAUUCUCUCAGUCAGGCAGCAGAAAUGUCCACAUGAGGAAGCGACACGGAGAAGAAAGUCUCAGCAGUGACAGCAGAGAAACAGGAGAGGCUCUGACCCAGAGCAGCCUGCUGGAGGCCGAUGGUGAGAACGGCAACGGGAUGGUCACCAUGACAACAGCUGUGGAACCCAUGAAUCUGGAUCACGCCAUGCUGCGGUCACCAGGCUCCGCAGACUCAGUGGUAGUUCUCUCUCAGCCACAUGAACUGGUGACCAUGACGACUGAAGGCCAUGCAUAUGGAGAAGAUGUGGUGGCACUGCUGUAGUCUGCCUUGACAAACACCACACAGUGUAUUUCAGCAGUGCUAGGCUUAGUCACAGUGGAUUAAACAUACUAUCUGUAUAUAGAUUAAUUAUGGACUUUAACCUCUGUAGAUAUUUGUAAAUUAGCAACCGAUGGUUUUAUUUUAACAAGCGUGAAAUGGCAGAGUUUGUACAAACAGCUUUUUCCCUCAAGUUUUUCAAAACAAGUAGUCCCAAAGAAACAAUGACACGGGUUUAAAGGUUUGUAAAAAGUAUUGUACAUCACUGUAAACACAGGUUGAAAUCCAGUGACUGUCUCAAAUGAAAACAACUCAACUUCAUCUUAAACUACAAUGGCUGAUGAGGUUGACUGUCAAAUUAACUGGAUUCACAUUCAUAACAUAUCCUUAACAAUCACAUUGAUGCAUGUAAACACUGAUCUUGCCCAGCACAACCAGUCAGACUUGAUGUUCAGCAGUAGAAAAUACAAUAUCUGUCAUUUAAUCCAGAAAUGCCCCAAAUGCAUUAACUGAGUUGUUAACAUUGUCUACUCAAAUGUCAACCUCCAGUGCUUCACAUGCUUUGCGCAAGGCAAUGCAUUGCUUAUUUACAGCUCAAUAUAUUAACACUUGUGAAUAAGAGCUUUUUAAAAAAGAAAAUUACUUAUGAGGUUAGUUGUGCCCUCAAGAGACAGUAGAUGUCUGGGGCUCUUAGAUAAGGUGCUGCGCAUUGCCAUUUGUUCUUGAGCACCACCUAAACCAGCAGUUUUUGUUUCAAGCUUCUCCUCAGUGGAUCUUCAGGUGGUGGAAAUGGUCCAACGUAGCACCCAGAGCCCAGCUUGCCUCGACGUUAUUCACUUUCUUGGUCAACUAGGAGGGAGAAAACCCCCAAAACAAAUGUCAAAUGCCUUUUAUAUUUAUUAAAAUAAAAUGGAAACAA